AUGGCGGACAAAGUAGCCCAGACUCUCGCCGGCAAGGUGGCCGUGGUGACGGGCUCCAACAGCGGCAUCGGCUACGCCAUCGCCCAGGAGCUGUCGUCGCGCGGCGCCAACGUCGUCAUCAACUAUCCUUAUCCCAGCCUCAAAGAACAGGCAGAUGAUGCGGCGGCGGCCCUGGCAACCCCGGGCAUGGCCGUCUGCGCCGACAUUUCCACGGUGCAAGGGCCGGCGUCGCUGAUGGAUGCGGCCGUCGCCCGCUACUCCCGGGUCGACAUUGUCGUCAACAACGCCGCCCUAGCCGUCAACUUGCCGCUCGAGGAGCAGACGCUGGCGCAUUGGGACCAACUGGUCAACCUGAAUGCGCGCGGCACGUUUCUCGCGACGCAGGCGGCGCUGCCUCACCUCGGCGCCGGCGGCAGGAUCGUCAACAUUGUGUCGGCGUCGGCGCGGGCAUCGCCGCCGCUGCAGACCAUCUACGCCGGCACCAAGGGCAUGGUGGACUCGUUCACGCGCGUCUGGGCCAAGGAGCUGCCGCCCAAGUAUGGCUGCACCGUCAACGCCGUGUCGCCGGGGCCGACGGAGACCGAGGGCUUCCUGGCGGCGGGAGAAGACAUGAUGAAGGUGCUGGGGCCCAUCAUUGCCGCGACGCCCGUCGAGAAGCGGCUCGGGUCGCCCGACGAGAUUGCCUAUGCCGUGGCCUUUCUUUGCGAGGAGCGCGCGAGAUGGAUCAAUGGGGAGCACUUGUGUGCCAACGGAGGGCUCUUUAUAGACUAG